GUAUGAUUGAAAAGAUGGAAAGAGAGGAAUGGAUGCAUGAGUUGGAAAACGUAGUGUUGGAUAUGACACUUGAAAAGGAACAAUUGACAAUCAUUGGAAUGAUGAACCAAAUCAAAGGAGAAUUAUGUUUUCCUCAACUUCAAGUAACAAAUACUGGCCAAU